AUGGCAAGCUUCUCGUCCGUAGAGUUGAAGCUCAAUUACGAUGCCAACUUCACAACUGAAAUCAUCCCUUUCACUAUUGAUGUACACCAAAGUUUCCUUGAAACUACAAAGUUAAAGGUGUCGUUGACUCGGUUUGUUGAAGAAGUGGAGGAUCAGGCACCCUUCACGGACGGGCCUCCCCUUCAUACGGCAGAGGCCGUAGCAGAUCACUGGAUGAACAAGUAUGACUGGCGAUCAACAGAGGUCGAUAUUAACUCGAGGCUCAAACAAUUUACCACUGUACUUACGACCCAGUCUACCAAUUACACCGAGCCAGUGCCUUUGCACUUUGUUCAUCAUCGAUCACCACGCAGAGACGCUAUCCCACUAUUGUUUGUCCAUGGCUGGCCUGGGUCUUUCCUGGAAGUGGAAAACAUUAUCGAACCACUGACCAACCCGGCAGACGAUAGCUUGCCGGCUUUUCAUGUUGUGGCUCCUUCGAUUCCUGGAUACGGUUUCAGCCCAUCCCCUCGGAAACCGGGUUUUGGGUAUCGCCAAGCAGGAGCAACUUUCAACGCCUUGAUGACUCGGCUGGGUUACUGUAAGUACGUAUUUCAGGGGGGUGAUGCCGGUGAUCUGAUCAAUCGCUACAUGGCUGUCGACUUUCCCGACAGUGUGGUUUCUGGGCAUUCCAACUUCUGGAUCAUUCCCCCCAAUGAGGACGACAUGGAAAGAUAUGGCAGGAAGGAGACUUCUGCAGACGAGAACUAUCUCAUUGAACUGUACAACGAUUUCGUGACGAGUCACUGGGGAUACGCCCAGAUCCAACAGACUCGCCCUCUCAAGUUAGCGGGUGCCAUGACUGAUAGUCCAGUGGGCUUGGCUAUGUGGAUCUACGACUCGGUGGUCUCUGGAGUGCCGGAUCAAAGUAUAUGGACUCCAGAACUGAUUAUUACCUGGACAAUGAUGCAUUGGAUCAACGGACCAUAUGGUGCUUUCAGCCUGUACAAGAACGGUGCUAAGGUGAAUUUGGUGUGCUAUCCGUGA